GCCGCUUGCUGCUAAGGCAGAUCCAGGGAUUAACACACACCGGGCACCGCAAGGGCUCCUGCGGCCUUAGGCAACCCCACUGCCCAGGCAUAGAGCAACGAGGGCGCGUCCCCCUUCCGCGGCUCCGCCCGGCGCGGUCUCCCCAGCGGCGGGAAGCCGGCGCCAAAGCUCCGGGGAGCCGCCCGGCGGGCGGGAGGGAGAAGCGAGCCCAGCAGGGAGCGGCGGCGGGGGAUCCCCGCGCGGCCCCAGGUGCAGGCAGGGAGCUAAUGCGUCCGGUGACGGCAGCGCCAGGGCUAUGUAGGGGCGCGGGGAUGCGCGGGCUCCCGGCAGCAUGGCAGAGCAGCUCUUCUGUAAGGGGGUGUCCGCGGUGAUCGGCUGCGCGGGCUGCGAGGAGAGGAGGGCUGAUGUAAGGCUAACUGUUGAAACUUGUACAUCAUCAAGUCCUAUACAUAAGAAGGAACUUACUGUGCGUAUUACAGAUGAUGCAGAUCCAUUAUUCUUGUAUUCUGUUGCUAUAGGAGAAGAAGAUUUUCAGAGUUUAAAGAGCCAACAAGGACUGCUUGUAGAUUUUUCAGCUUUUCCCCAGAAAUUCAUUGAUUUGUUAGAACAAUGCAUUUUGGAACAAGGAAAACAAGUGCCUCGGUUUUUAAUUCAACUUGUAACAUCUUCCCCAGCAUUGGAUUGCAUGCCUGCAUAUUUAAAUGUAGUGGAAACCAAUCCAUUCAAACAUCUCACUCACUUGUCUCUAAAGCUUUUGGCAGGAAGUGACAGUGACAUCAAGAAAUAUCUUGCCAUCUGCAUUAAAAAUUUAAAGAUGGAAAACAGUAUGUUGGAGGAUAAGCUACACAGAUCAGAAGAGGGUCUUUCGAAAAGACUAACUGUAACACAGCAGGCUUUGGCAGAAAAAAGUAAGGAACUGGAUAAACUGCAAAAUGAAUGGACAUCGCAGACCACUUCAUUGACUAACAAGUACUCCCAAGAAAUCACAGCAGAAAAGGAGAAAGUGCUACGGGUCCAAACACAGUACCAGCUUCAGCAUGAACAGCAAAAGAAAGAGAUGGAAGCAACUUUCAACAGAAAAGUGCAUCACUUAGAAACCAGAGUAUCUGAAUUUGAAACUGUUAAUAAGGAUCUCACAGAGAAAAAAUACAAGUCUGAAUCUUCUAUAAGGGAGCUGAAAUCCAAAUUUGCAGGACUUGAAGAGGAGUAUCAGAGGGCAAAACAAGAGGUUCUGUCCCUUCGAAGAGAAAAUUCAACUCUUGACACAGAGUGUCAUGAAAAGGAGAAACUACUAAACCAGUUAAGAACACGCAUUGCAGUCCUAGAACAAGAAGUGAAGGAUAAAGAGCAAGUAAUAAUAAGAAGCACAGAUGUCUGUGAAAGUGCACAAGAACACAAGAAAAAGUUGGAAGAAUCUCUGGAAAUGAAACAGCUUCAAAUUGGAAAAUUUGAAACCACUGUGAAGUCUAUUUCUGAGGAACUUCUGAAAGCUAAUGAAAUUAUCAAAAAGCUCCAGGGAGAGAUGAAGAAACUAAUGGAGAAGAUGAAGUUAAAAAAUGCAGUGACACUGCAACAAGAAAAAAUAUUAGGAGAAAAAGAGCAAAUUCUUCAAAAGGAGAGAUUGGAGCUUAAUAAUGUGAAACAGGCCCUUCAACAAAAAGAGGAAGAGGUCUUGAAGUUGCAAGAGCAGCUGGACAUCACUGUUCAGAAAUUGGAAGAAAGCAAACAGCUGCUGAAAACUAAUGAGAAUGUAAUUUCCUGGCUAAAUAAACAACUGAAUGAGAAUAAAAUUGUAUCUAUGCAUGGGGCAUCAGGUCACAGUGAUAUGCCAUGUGCUGGAAGUGCCACCAAUUCAGCAGCCUUGCAGAAUGGCCUGCCUCGGCUUCUACUUUAUAACAGUCCUUUCUCUGUCCCUGUGAUGCCUCCACCAAUUAGCACUGCUUCCCUUUCUAAUAACUAUAAAGGCUCUGUUCCUCUGCGAAUGAAUAUCCCAUGUGCGGUCACCAGUGCUGCAAGAUAUAAUCCACAGGUACGCAUCAACUUAUCAGCAAAUUCCACCAGCACUCCAUUACAUGAGACAAGACCUUGUCCACCAGCCUCCACUCCUUUAGUGCCCCCAAACUCAGGCCAUGUUGAGCCACCUGGUUUAGACAUGAAAUAUUUGAAGAAAGAUGGCAACUUGCCUUUGAGAGGACUAAAACCUUUGUCUGUAGCAAGCACAGUGUUAUCAAGAACUAUGUUACCCAAGGAAGGAAAUCCACCUGUAAUAUCUGCCUACUUCCCAGGGCAACAUACUAGACUUCCUGCAUCAUAAGUGCCAAUUUUAUUAAGAGGUUGCACAUGUUAAUGGAAGCAGCAUCAAAUAUAUGCAUCUGAUAUAGCUUGUCUAAUGUAAAAGAAAAAAGAGGUGCUUGAGCAACACUGUCAUAAAUUUGACUUUAUAGUCCGUCUGGACUUGGUUACUCUUUUCUGUAAAGUCUGUGCUCAUCAAAACUGCCAAAAUAUGGUCUGGAGGUAAAGCCAGCUAUUAAAAAACCUAAUGAUUUCAUUUCUAGAAUGAAGUCUUUAAAAUGAGUUGAUGUUUUUUAUUUAUUUUGUUUAAUAUAAAGCAGUAGCUGAUUGACUCUUCAAAGACACAAAGCUGUGCAGGCUGAAUGAAAGCAUUUAUUUCAUGUGCUUUUGGUGCUUAGAUCUGUGUGUAUGCACACACCUUAUUACUACAGGAUGUACCAGUUUUCCCCCCUUCUGCUUAGAAGUGGUUUUUGUAAUCCUCAAAUUGUGAAUUUCUAAGAACAACUUUUUUAAAAAAUGGCAAAUUACAGCAGGAAUACUCCAAUAUGUGUGCAAUAUUUAUUCUGUGACAUACUAAGGAUGACCUCUAUUGAUGACUCUGUGUGGGGGGAAAAAUGAUUUCUGCAAGCCAGAGUUUUUGUUAUUUGUGGUGGUUUUUAACUGCAUUCUGUUUGGGAUUUUUUUGCACGAAAACUCUUCAAAACUUUGAAACACCCAUUUUAUAUUAGCUAUGCAAAGACUACAAAGUUAAAGUGCCUAUUUUAUUAUGUAUUUUAUAACUGGAGUCAGACAGUUAUCUAAUGUUUCUAUUUUUAAUAGAUAUUUGCAUCUAAUAUUUACUCUCAAAACUUGGACAGUUCUAGUAACAGACAACAGAUUCAAUGAAUUUUAGAUGCUGAAAAUUUUUGUACUGUACCAUUCUAAAAAUUGUAAGUUUUGAUAGAUUAGGAUGGAUACACACUCUCAGUGGGUGCAAUUCCAUUUACUUUUAUCAUUUCUUUAUUUGACCAUUUGUUCUCCAGACCGUUUUAAAUCAAACAUAUUGAAUCCACCUUUUUCAAAAAGUUUAAAAACUGGGGUCUAUUGGCAAAAUGUUAUAAGAUGUGUAUUUUACGUGAAACUCAAUACAACCAACCCAUUUUGUGAGAGAGUCAAGAUGUCAGUGGAAGAAUCUGCCUUUCACCUGAUAAGGGUUUGCCCAUAU